UACAAAAUGGCGCGUGUGGAACAAUGUGCAACGGAGAGUGCGACAAGUACUACCUAUUUGCAGCUUUCUUAUUUUACGAUCUAUCUCACACAAGGAAUAGAGAUCUUAGAAUAUUACACAAAGGUGCCCUUCUAUCAUGUUCUCUUUGAAGCUGUCUUGGUGAUUUGGAUCAUUAGACUGAUAACCAGCAAGACCUUUAGAUUCAGGGAACAGAAGAUUGAACUCACGGAGAAGGAAGAAGAAGAACUGAUUGAAGAAUGGCAGCCAGAACCAUUAGUGCCAGCAACGCCUACGUAUGAAUUAGAUACACUCACUCCAAAAGUAGUACAGGGGAAACCUGGUCAUACUUUGAAUAUAGAUGACAAAGAGUGUCUAAACUUUGCAACAUUCAACUUUCUUGGGUUUGUAGGAAAUGAAAAAAUAGAGGACACAGCCAUCAAAAGUUUGCAUCAAUAUGGUGUUGGUUCCUGUGGUCCCCGUGGUUUUUAUGGGACAAUAGAUGUACAUCUGGAGUUAGAAGAAAGACUGGCAAAAUUUAUGAGAACUGAGGAGGCUAUUCUAUAUGCUUAUGGAUUUUCUACAAUAGCAAGUGUAAUACCUGCUUACUCCAAGAGAGGGGAUGUUAUUUUCUGUGACAAGGGAGUAUCUUUUGCAAUUCAAAAAGGUCUCGUGGCUUCCAGGAGUCGUAUAAUGUGGUUUGAGCACAAUGACAUGGAAGACCUUGAAAGGCUUUUACAUGAACAGAAGGAGAAAGAUGACAAAAAUCCAAAGAAAGCAAGUGUAACAAGGAGAUUUUUAGUAAUAGAGGGAAUUUCUGUCAAUUAUGGUGACAUUGCACCACUUCCAAAAAUAAUUGAACUGAAGUACAAGUACAAAGUACGUCUCAUUAUUGAUGAGAGUGCGUCAUUUGGGGUUCUUGGGCAAACCGGUCGAGGAUUGACAGAGCACUUUGAUGUCCCAAUUGAAGAAGUUGACAUGAUCUCUGUUUCAAUGGAGAACUCGUUAGCAACAAUUGGUGGGUUCUGUUGUGGGACAUCAUUUGUAGUUGAUCAUCAGAGACUAUCGGGUGCUGGGUACUGUUUUUCUGCAUCUCUCCCACCUAUGUUGGCCUCAGCAGCAAUUGAAGGGUUAAACAUCAUAGAAGAAAAACCAGAAAUGUUUGAGGAACUCAAAGAGAAGGCAAAACUAUUGUAUGGAGAACUUGAAGGACUCAAUGGACUUCUACGUGAAGGAUCCGAGGGAUCUCCUAUUUUACACCUGAGACUUCUGGAACCGUUUGAAACAUUUGAGGAAGAUGAAGAGAAAUUGAAACAAGUUGUUGACUAUGCUCUGAAGAAUGGAGUAGCUCUUACUGUUGCAAGGUAUCUAAAAAAUGAGGAAAAAUUUCUGCCACCUCCAAGCAUCAGAGUGACACUGAAUAUUCAGCUGACAACUGAAGAAAUCAAACAUGGAGCCAAAGUCAUAAGGGAAGCUUCAGAGAGUGUAUUUGGCCAGUGAUCAGACACAUGCCAAAAAAGUGUUCCAUCUGUAGCCAGGCUGUAUGGCAAAGUGAUAUCUACUGCAUCUGUAGAUCAAUGUGUAUUUUUGUCAUGAUGUAGACUCAUGGCAGUCAUGAAAGCACGUUAAAGAAUUAUAGAAUAUUGCCAACCAGGAGAAGUCAUAGUUGUUAUGACUUUUUGAAGUAGAGAAAAUGUUGGAUCUAAAGGAGUGAUGAAAUAUACGAAAAAGUUCAGACUGGUAUUAGUUAAUUGAAUCAAUGUAAAUUAACCACUAAAUAAUGUUUAUGUCACAGUUAUAAAUUGUCUUUAUUUGGAAUAUACCUAUAUCACUGAAUUUAUAAUAAUUAGCUUACUUUUACAAUUAUGCACAAAGAUGUGGGGGAAUUUCCUUAUAUGGAAGGAGACUGCUGGAAAUGUGGAGCAACUUUACUAAGAUUGUUUGUCUGUCGGAUUAAUUGAAUUGCAGUUUUGUACAUUGUGUUUUUCUUUCCCUUUGUAUUAAAACAUAAUUAGUGGUCAGUAGUUUUUGUUUUUGAUAAUUUUCAGUUUAUACUUUGCUAAAAUGUUUUGAAUCUAUUAAACCCUUUUUUUUCAAUGAUUUUAAUUAUUACUGUCAUUAAUUUCUUGAGACUUUUGUGUUAAAUAGAAUAACAUUCUCCAACUGAUAUUGUCAUCUUAGGCCUCAUUCACACCCUAACAUCAGUAUGCAUAUUCUCCAUACUGGUCUCUAUACAUUUCCUAAGGUGCUGGCAAGGAGAAUCUGUUUAACAAUCAAGAGCUCUUUAGUUGGUGAUCGUUUCCUUUAUUCUUGUGACCAUUAUGUUUAAUUCAGGCGGUUAUAAUGUAAGAAAAAAAUAAAGCUAAUCAUUGUUAGGUUAAAGGGUUAAUUGCUCAAAAUUAUUAAUUUUUCUGAAUCUUGUUUGAAAACUGAGUUCUUUGAUAUUCUAGAAAUGGUUGAUAAUAGCUAUUAGGAACUGUAGAUAGGCAUGUUUGGUUUUUUUAUUCAGCAGUAAGGUCUCUGCAGCAAGGAACUGCAGUAGUACCUUCUGUACAGAAGGGAGAAUUUGAGAGAAAUAUUGCUGUUACAGAAACUACUUGUAUUUCCUAAAGGGCUGUCAUUUCCUUUUUUGAAGGCUUGUUCAUCUGCAGUUCCACACAUUUCCCAUACUACUGUCAGGAGUUAAAAGCAGUAAGGGUAUUUCAUGGAGAUGCAUGGUGAAUAUGAGUUAAUAUAUUUUUUAAAUUGGUAAUGGCAAUAUUUUUUUUACCUUAUGUUGUAUUAUGAAAUAUCUUGGUGUACAUGUAAUGUGGUCAAGAAAUAAAUAGAAAAAUGAUACAAAUAAAAAAAUGACUAUUUACUAGA